AUGAAUUUACCAUUCCUGCAUCUUAAUAGUAUAAGAUAGUCCCUAUUUCUUAGAUACUCUGAGGAAUGCUAUUAAGCUUUUUAGAAAACCUAUCAGACAAGUCAAGUUCCGUAACUCUAAACAAUUCCAGAAGAUGAGAAGGAGUUCCAGAUUUUAAAUAGAGAUACAGGACUUGCUAUAGAUUGUAGGAAAUUAGAAGAGUACAAAUUUCCAAUAGCAGAUUCGAAGGAUGUUGCUUGGAAGAAUUACUGGAAACAUAGUAGAGAAAUUAGUGAGCACUUAGUGUUAUUAGUCUAAUAAAAUGAGAAUAAUAAAGUAUAUGAACUCCUGGCUCAUCCUUAAUUCUAUAUAGAUUUAAAUAUAAGAGAUUUGGAUGAUUGGACUCCCCUUCAUUUUGCCUGUCUAUAAAGCAAUGUUGAGAUCGUUUAACUCCUAUUGCAUUAAUAAGCCAAUCCAAAGUUGCUAUCUUUGGAUGGGAAAUCCCCAUUGCAUGUUGCAGCUAUGAAAAACCAUUUGACGAUCUGUGACUUGUUGAUCAACUUUGGAGCCGAUUUAGAUGCCUAAGAUUCAGAUUAAAAUACACCAUUGCACAUAGCUUCAUUACAUGGAAAUGAUUAAGUGUGUACAAUAUUAUUAGAGAAGAAAGCAAACCAUGAUAUAAAGAAUUACUAACACUUGACUCCUAUUGAGAUGACUUCAGAUAUUCGAAUAAUCGAAAUUUUUAAUAAAUAUGGAAUCUCGCUCAAUAAUUUUACUUAUACUAGAACUGUUGUUAAAGAAUAGAAUUUGGUUUUACAAAACAGUAGAAGAGAUCACGUCUAAAAAUUUUUAAAGUUAGCCUAAUAAUAGUAAAAGAAGAACAUUGAAAAUGAAAUUAAACAAGAAUAGAUUAAUAAUGAAUAAUAAAACCAAUCUCUCACAAACCUAGAUAAUAAUUAAAAUAGAACUACUUGGGGAAAGAUUAUGGAUUUUGCCGUAUCGUUUUCUAGGGUCUCGAUUAAAGGUAAUGGACAAACAACCAAUUCUGAACAUGAAAAGAAUAAGAUUGGCCCAGGGUCCUUUCAGUUUUAUUAGAAAUUGGGAGAAGGGGGAUUUGGUUAAGUUUAUAUGGUUGACAAAAUAGGAUAAGAACCUAAAAAGUAUUAUGCAAUGAAGAUUUUGAAAAAGGAAGAUAUUGACACUUCAAAUAUUAUAAAUUCUGCUUAAAUUGAAAAGGAUGUUCUGAAGGUUAUGAAUCAUCCAUUUAUAGUUAAAUUAAAUUAUGCAUUCUAAACUUUAGAUCAUUUGUAUCUUGUAAUGGAUUUGUGUCCUGGAGGAGAUUUGGCAACUCAUUUAGAAUUAGUUAACAAUUUUCCAGAGGAUAUUGUCAAAAUAUAUGCUGCUGAAAUUACAUUGGCCUUAGAAGCAUUGCAUAAAUAAGGUAUCAUUUUUAGAGAUCUUAAACCUGAAAAUGUUGUCUUAGACAUUGAUGGACAUGCUCAAUUAACCGAUUUUGGGUUGUCUAAACAAGGGAUAGAUGAAGAAAUGAUAAACCAAUCUUUUUGUGGAACAUUGGCCUAUUUGGCUCCUGAAAUGUUAAUGAAGAAAGGACACGGUCGUUAAGUUGAUUGGUAUAUGCUCGGGAUCUUCAUUUAUGAAUUAUUGGUUGGAGCUCCACCUUAUUAUGAUGCUGAGAAAGAGAUAUUAAAAGAAAACAUUAAAAGAGCUCCCCUUAGAUUACCACGACACUUGAGUCCAGAGGUCAAGGACUUAAUAAUUUAAUUAUUGAUCAGAGAUCCUAAGCGAAGAUUAGGAUGUAAGGAAGAUGCGAAAGAAAUAAAAAGCCAUCCUUGGUUUAAUGAUUUGAACUGGUUAGAUUGCUAUAAUAAAAAGUUAAAGCCACCAAAACCUUUGAUCUUUCAUGAACCUAAGGAUGCUAGAAAAGUUACUUUUAGCAAAACAAGUACGAGGAAUAAAUUAAACGAUUGGACCUUUUGUGAAAAUUGAUAACUAUUGUAUCCACUAUUCUUAUUUAAAGUUGUGUAAA